GCAGUCUUUUUAAAAUGGAGAAAUGCUAAGAAACACAUUUGUUCUUUACUUUUCUGCAGCUAGCUAUGGACCAUACCAAAUCUGUAAAGGAUGUCUGAAUUGUUCAAAAGACAAUGGGUGCAUCGGCUGCCAACCAAAGCUGUUCUUCUUUCUUCGAAGAGAAGGCAUGAGACAGUAUGGGGAGUGUUUGCAUUCCUGCCCAUCGGGGUACUAUGGACUCCGAGCUCCAGAUAUGAAUAAAUGUUCAAGAUGUGGAAUCGAGAACUGCGAUUCUUGUUUUAGUAAAGAAUUUUGUACAAAAUGCAAGGUUGGUUUUUACUUGCACAAGGGUCGCUGCUUUGAGGAGUGUCCAGAAGGCUUUGCACCAGUGGAAGAGAGCAUGGAAUGCAUCGAAGGUUGUGAUGUUGGUCCAUGGAGUGAGUGGGGAACAUGCAGCAGAGACAACAAAAUAUGUGGCUUCAAAUGGGGCUUGGAAACAAGAGUCCGGCAGAUAGUUAAAAAGCCUCCUAAAGAUUCAAUGACUUGUCCAACCAUUGCAGAGUCAAGAAUAUGCAGAAUGGCAAUAAGGCACUGUCCUGGGGGCAAAAGAACAUCCAUUCGAAAGGACAAGAAAAACAAAAAGAAGAAAAAACGUCUAAGAGAAAGGGCACAGAAAGAACAUAGUGCUGUUUUGGCCUCAGAAAGGUUUAGCCUGUGAAACAGCUGGACUUUUAUUUUCUUUUGCAAAAAUACACAAAAGCUGCUAAAUGCUCCUGUAGACUAAUGAACUGCAGUUUGGCUAGUUUGACAGUAUUGUGGCAAACAAGAUGAAGCUGUCCAAAAGCUUCAUUAUAUUAUUUAUACUUCUAUCUCUGUGGAUAACUCUGAGAGUAAGAGUACCGCAAUGACUUGGUCAGGAGAUACUAAAAUAUGUGGAAAUGUGUCAAAGACUUCAUACCUGUGUCUGGCAUGGAAGCUGCCAGGAAGGUUUACGUGGGAGAUUUAUUUUAUUUUAUUUUUAUUUUAUUUUUAUUUUUUUAUUUUUGCAAGACAAUUAGGGAAGAAAACUGUUUUUGUGAAACAGACAUGCAUAUUUAUGAGAAAUAACAGUGUAGAUACAGGACUCAUUCACUAACUGCUUUUUCUCUUUCUUAUAAUGUACAUUUCAAGAGUAUGUGAAAACAUGCAUAGUUGUAAUGUAUGGUCUUCUCAGCACGUGUUUUGCUAAAACAUUUGUCAGAGUAACACUGCUUAAUGCUGUUAUAGUAUUAUAAGCACAUAAUUAUUCCUCUCUGUUGAAGUAGCUUAACAGUCCAUAUAUGUACAUAUUGCUGAUGUUCUACAUAAAAUAAACUAUUUACUGUAUAUUUAAGCAAUCAUUUCUGUGUGAAAUAAGUUGUUAAACAUAUCCAUGAAAAUAUUUAAUUUUUCAUUUUAAGGCUACCUUAUUUUUAAACACAGUUUAUUAGACUAAUUUACUUUAUUAGCCAAAAGAUUUACUUGUUUUUAAUCUAGUUUAUAUAUAUUUUUUGUAAAAAUGACAAGAUUGUUUUGUUUUACUAGCAGAACUCCUUAACCUUAUUUUUUACAUAUAUUUACAGAAACAGGUUGCGCCUAACAGAUGGCAAUAAAGAGAGAAACUGAUUAAAAUUAAAAAAGUGCAGGUUCAUUGAACUGAUUAGUUUGUUAAAAGAAUGUGCUGCUAUGUAUUGGAUAAGUUAUAUUGUAAAUAAAAUGUAACUUCAUAUAAGCAGUUUGUUAGUGUUCCUCUGUCACAAUCAUUUAUUUAAUUACCUAUGUGAUGGAAAAGUCCACACUCAUUAAUAACAGUAAAUUACUAUAGGUUUCAUAUUUGUCAAUUUAUUUUUAAUUUAAAAAAUAAAAAAUAAAAAAUUCACUGUA